AUGUCUGAAGAGCAGCAGCAGCAACAAGAACAACAUCAAAGCCAGGAGGUGGCGCUGGAACAGCCAGUUUCAGCUGAACAAAGUAUUCCAAUUGUGACAACUAAUGAGAAUUCCGGAACAAGUUACGAUACUUCUACAAAGCCUGCACAAGCUGUGCCGGCCUUGGAAAACAACGAACCGGCUGUGACGCCUGCCAAUGCGUCUCGAGGCGGUAGAGAAACUUCUGACAGAAUUUUGUACGUGGGAAAUUUGGAUUUGACUGUCACAGAAGAGAUGUUAAGACAAUACUUUCAAGUUGGUGGCUCAAUUGCCAACGUUAAGAUUCUGAUGGACAAAAACAAUAAGGAGGCCAACUACGCUUUUGUCGAAUUUCACAAACCCCAUGACGCUAAUGUCGCUUUCCAAACUCUGGAUGGCAAACAGAUCGAAAACCGCGUUGUCAAGAUUAACUGGGCGUUCCAAUCCCAACAAGUAUCUUCCGAGGAUACGUUUAAUCUAUUUGUUGGCGAUCUGAGCGUUGACGUUGACGAUGAAAAGCUCGCGAACACUUUUAAAGAUGUCCCUACUUUUAUUCAAGCGCACGUAAUGUGGGACAUGCAGACUGGAAGGUCAAGAGGCUACGGGUUCGUAUCGUUCGGCGAUCAAUCUCAGGCUCAAAAAGCCAUGGAACAUAGUCAGGGCACCGUAGUAAACGGCAGAGCCAUUCGCAUCAACUGGGCGUCAAAGCGUGAACAUAGCAAUAAUAACAGCAACAUCAGUAACAGCCACAACAACGGUGACCCUUAUCAAAUGAACAGCCGCGGCAGCGGACCUCGCCGUGGUGGAUUUCGUGGUCACAGUAACAACCAGUUCAGAAAUCCAAUGGCCCCUAUGGGUAUGCCUCCUACCCGUGGCGCUCCAAUGCCAGCCAUGGGAAUUCCUACUCAGGCUCCGCUAUCUCAAGGCCCGCAACCCCAAGGCCCCGUUAUGCUACCACAGGCUCCUCCGCAAGCCGUGGAAGCAAUGAUAAGAAGUGCACCCUUAAGAGUUACAACUGUUUACAUUGGUAACAUUCCGCACUUUGCAUCAGAACAAGAUUUAAUCCCACUAUUACAAAACUUUGGGUUCAUUGUGGACUUCAAGCACUAUGCCGACAGGGGAUGCUGUUUUGUCAAGUAUGGCACUCACGAACAGGCUGCUGUGUGUAUUUUGACACUUGGUAACUUUCCGUUCCAAGGUAGGAAUUUCAGAACCGGCUGGGGCAAGGAAAAGCCAACAUAUAUUCCGCAACCUAAGUCUGAGGUUGCGGAGCUUCCAAUGGGGCAAAUACCUGUUCAAAAUGUUCAGCCUGAAGCGCAAGAGCUUCAUUUGAAUAUGAAUACAGAACAAACGCAAGAGGAAAGCCAGUAA